UAACAAUUUUGUUGAUCUCUUACUUUCUUGUCAUAAUGUAUGUAUCCUUUCUUUGUGUAACUGAUUUUGUUACAGUGGACACACUUACAGUUUUUCUUUUCUUUGCAUUUUGUUUCACCUUUAACCUUUCAUAUUAGUAUGUUUUUAUUCAUAUGUCUUUUGUCUUGGAAGAAGAUGGAAGUGAAAAGUUGACCAAAGUAAAGAAAAAAAACUGUUUUAGUAACAACUAACAAGUGGUUUAUCCAGUGUGGCAUUGACAAUUGGCUAUGGAUUGCACAGCACGAUUAGCUCAGGCUUAGAACUUUGAUUGGCUCAGGCUCUGCUUUUCACCCAGACCGUUUUGGAAAUUGUCUUUAGGAGCUUUAAUUAGAGUCAUAAUGUCAAAGUCAAACAAGUAAAAGUGAUUUGUUCAACGUAUUAAAAACCCCAUAGUUAUGUUCUCGUUAGCUUUUAACAAGUCGUUAACGAAUGAAACAUAACUUCACAUGCAUCUUAUUAAAUUUAACCGAACCACCCAAGUAACCAACUUCAUAGUUUCUUGUGAACGGAUCAAAGUCACGACACACGAAGCCCAUGCAUGCACAUAACCAUUACAUGUUCCAAUAAAAGAGGACAGUAUCAUCACCAGUGAACUUUUGAGGACAAGGCAUUAAAACUGUUUCGUCUUGUUUAAAUUACGUCUCUUAAUCCAAUUUAUUAUCCUCAACUCUCAACUGUACUCUGCCACUUUCCUCCUCUAUAUAAACCAUCCCAUUCCAAGCAUACAUGCUAUCAAAUCAAACACAAAACAUCACAUUUGUUCGUGGUAAUAAUACAAAAUGGCUAUGACUUUCUCAUCACUCACCAACCUAGUCCUUCUGGUCUCUGCAGCUGCGUUGCUUGUGUCCCACUCAAGUGCUCGCAACUUGCAGCAGACUCAGACACUGCCUCUUCAAGGAGCUGUUUCUCCUACCAAAGCUGAGGCUCCUACCGUCAAUGCCCCUCUCGACGACCAAAAGAACUUCAUUGUCGGUGGUGCUGCUGGAAUAGGCGGAUUCAUGGGGAUGCCAGGUGGUGGGACCGGUAUGACGUUGCCUCUCCCAUCCGGGACACCGCUUCUUGGUGGGUCUGGUGCGUUUGGUGGUUUGGGUGGUGCAAUGGGGUUUCCUGGUAUUGGAGGUAAUGGUGGCGGUUCUGUUCCCAGCUCAGGAGGUGGUUUGGUGUCUCCAUGAGAGAGUGUCUGAGAGAGAUUAAGAUCCAUUGUCUCUAGCUUUAAGAUGUGUUUGGUUUCUUUUGCGUUCUAGUUUGGAUCAUUGUUCUUGUUGUUUCUGUGUUUGCUUGUCUGUUGCUGCAUCUUAUCAUCACCUGUUUAAUGUUGUGUUGUGCUUGCAUGUUGUUUCCUUUCCUUAAUGAAAAAUGUUUUCUUAUUAUUCAAAA